AUGGGUUUUAACCCAUUGGGACCAGAAGAUCAUUAUUCCGGUGAUCAAGACAUGGAUAUGGAUGAAGAUCCGGAUCCUGCCGUGCCACCAUCUGGGAUACCCACGCAUCCCAUAGAGAUUUCUGACGAAUCGUCUUUUCACGCGGCGAACUACAAUGCUCUUCAUCCUGAAGGGCCCUACGGAGCUUCCUACCAGACUGGAUACCCAGCUUAUGGGUAUCAAUACCCACCACCUCUUCAGCCUCAGCCGCAGCAGCAGCCGCAACAGCCACUUGUCCAACCACCGCAGCAGCAGGAGAUCAUUCAGAGGCUGAAACAAGUGGAGCGGGAUGUUCAGAGGGAGCGUAGAAGCCGUCGGGGUCUACUUAAGGGUUUGGCUAAUUUAAUCUCGGGGAAGAACAGAAGGGAUUAUUGA